GGCAAUUUUUAUUAAGUUUGUAUGCUUCAUUUCUCAUUUUUGUCAUUUUUGGGGGUGAAGAUCGACGUAACUGCACUGGCGUGCAAAACGUUCGACAUCGAACUACUGAGGAGAGAUUACCACCAAGUUAUUUCUUACUUUAAUUCCACUUUGGUAAAUCAUUGUAUUGUUGUAUGCCAAUACAGCAUGAAAUUAAUAUUGAUUUUGCUAAGUUUCACCGGAGCCCUUGUUCAUGGCGACGUCGAUGUCGGUGCUGGUGCUCAUGGACAUCGAACGAAGCGGUCAACGACCUUCUCCGCCGCGGAGAUUCAAGGCAUCGUCGAUAAGCACAAUGAGUACAGGAGUAUGGUGUCCCCGGUGUCAUCCAGCAUGAGAUAUAUGAGAUGGGACAAUACACUAGCCACUAUGGCUCAGAUUUGGUCAGACGGCUGCGUUUUCGCACACGGUAACCCUGACAUCAUGACAGAGUUCGAUUACGUUGGACAGAAUUUGUGGGCGGGGACCAUUUUCGAUGACGGUCGCGGAGCAACGACGGCCUGGUAUAACGAGGUAGUCGAUUAUGACUUCGUCAACGGGUGUACGCCGGGGAAAGUCUGCGGUCAUUACACCCAGGUGGUGUGGGCUGAAUCCUAUGCGGUUGGAUGUGGGCGCACUUAUUGCAGUAAUCUUGCAAACUUCCGCCCGAAUUCUUACGUAAUCACCUGCAACUAUGGCCCAGGAGGUAAUUACAACAACGAGCCCGUAUAUCUUCCUGGUCCAAGCUGUACCGAGUGUUCUUCAGGCAUCGGGGAAUGCUACAACAAUCUUUGCAGACCGUGCUCGGAGCAUUCUGAACCAUGUGAGUGUAGAGCCGUCUGUCAUAACUGUGGAACAAAGAAUAGCGACUGUUCAUGCACUUGCAGAGAUGGAUGGCGCGGAUCUAACUGUGCCAGUCCAUGCGAGGACACCGAUUCUACGUGCGGUAACGGAUGGCCAUCUUACUGGUGUGGCAAUAGUCAAUUCCCAUACGUUGACGCAGCCUGUCAUCUUUUUUGUGGCUAUUGCAAUCCCCCUGAUCCGACUUUCACGUGUUCACCAACUGCUGUCACCACCACCCAACCGCCCACAACUACCCCACUGACUACCACUACCCAACCACCCACUACUACCCAACCACCCGCUACAACACAACCGCCUACCACAACACAACCACCCACUACUACCAAACCACCUACUACAACACAACCGCCUACCACAACGCAAACCCCUACCACAACAAACCCGCCUACCGCAACGCAACCACCGACAACAACGCUACCAUCCGCAACAACGCAGUCUCCUACCACAACGCAACCGCCCAUUACAACACAACCGCCUACAACGCCUACCACUGCUGCACCGACGGAACCACCAUGCACACUGUCUUGUUUAGAUGGUGGGACACUGAACUCUGCUAGAUGUACAUGCCGCUGUGGAUCUCAAUAUCAGGGUAACAGGUGUCAGAACUCAAAAGCUCAAGUCCAGUAUGGAGUCGAACUCACCAUUGGUGCAGAUAUAAGUUUCUUUCCAAGAAUUCGCAACCUGCUAUUUGCAGUGAUCAGUCGACUUGUCACCAACUUUUGCAACAUUGACAUGCUUUACCCCUUGUGCUGCCCAGGAGAGACCGGGAAAAACACCGAUAUGAGAUUGAGUUACGUCGAUAGCAACCACGUGUCCGUGGCCGAUGGCUACCCGGAGGAACGGCCUGGCUACCCCACCCCAGCCUUCGCGGUCAUGCUGCUCAUCACGCCCCCAACGCCCAGUGAGCUCUGCAGUGCAAACCUGCAAGCCAUUUCCAAAAGAAGUGUUCCACAAUCGUCUGUACUACAAAGGGCCAAACGACAGACAGAUACUUCUUCAGGAGGCUACCUGAGUCAGGAAGCACUUUAUGAAACCAUCGUGGCCAACAUCAACGCUAUCUCGAGAGAGGCCAACGUGACUAUCUUGGAAGUGACCAGAGGCGUGGUCGAGGAGGGUAAUGUUCUAUUAGAACUCCGUUUCACCAUCAUCGUCAUCGUCGCCAUUAUCGUCGCCCUGGCCAUCGUUACAGCCCUCAUCACCAUUUGCUGGGGAAGGAACACCGACACUGGCAGGAAAAGUUCCGGAGGCAAACGAAAACCCGACGACCUUUCUGGAUCAAAAUUUUAGUUUUUGUGUGAACACAACUCGGGUUAUAAGUCACUGAGUGUCUGAAAUAUAUGAAAUAUUAUGAAAUAUUAUGAAACAGUAGAUAUCAUCUAUAUUUAUAGAAAUAUUUAACGAAGAAAUAUAGCAAAUACACAUGUUUAUUAUAUCAAAUAGGAAUCUAAGCGUGGUGCUUUUAGUAGUAGGAUUAACAGGGGCUUGAAAUCAAGCUCAGUAUAAACUACAUCCUUACACCUUUUGUUACGUUUUGGGGUUGGAAGUUGAAUCUGUGCUUCUCUAUUGCUGUUUUUGUGUUAGUACGUUUGUAAUCUGUGCUUCUUUAUAGCUGUUUUAUUUUAGUACAUUUGUAAUAAACAUUCGAAUAUUUCAUUGAGUAAAUAGAACAUAGAAUAAGAAGUAAUUAAGUUCUACAUAGUCAUGUCAUAUAUUUUCAAAAUGCUAAUUAAGCCAGUAAUAAUCUUCUUUUACGUUACCUCACACGCGCCAAUCCCACACUCUCUUUCUCUCUAUCUCUCUCCUUCCUUCUCUCUCUCUCUCUCUCUCUCUCUCUCUCUCUCUCUCGAUCGAUCGACUGGGGUGGCCAUGCAACCUAUCUACCUUCGCCACUCAAAUAUGAAGUAAGGAUGGUUGCCCAUUUUCAACCAACCAAUCAGUGUAAUAUGCUGAAAGACAUCACAAUUAAAUUACAAAGUUGUAAGUUAUAUAAUCUUGUUAAGUUUAUUUGACACUUUAAUUUUAAGCUUUGACAUGACAUUCAAUGGAAACUGCCUUGUAUGAAUUUGCAAUGUUUUGAAAACGGUUGAAUAAAUAUGAAAUGAAUAAAAAUGGACUUGAAUCCAGUCUAGUGUACAUCAGUAACAUAUUUUCAAAUAACUCUUUUAUCAAGAACGGCACCGUGAACUAACCCGAACAACUUUAUAGGCAGCGUUUAAUCUUUUACGUAAAUGCAUUUCAAGGAAUGAUUUAGCUUAUUUUUAUACUAUGUACUAAAAACGUCGCUCAUGAUUGAUGGAUUACAAUUAUCGCACAUACUACAUUAACUAAUGAUGAGCGACCUUUCUAAUCAUGUUCAUUUACAUGAUACCUGUGUUUAAUAAGUUAUGACUGAAUGCAAAUAUGAUCGCCCACGACUGUCAAAAUAUCACAAAGUGACUAAUAUUUUUGUUAUCGUCUAUUUUAUAGAUUGCUUGAUUCAGUUAUAGUGAUAUACAUGAUAUCAAUUCAAUGCUUUUCAAUUAAACUUUUAACAACUUUUGAUUUAAUUGAAAAUUCCGUUAAAGCCAUGAACUCUUGAUGGCUUCCACAAUACCAUGAGUUUGAAGUAUUUCCUCCCCAUUUCCACCGUCCCUAAUUGUACUGCAUUAGACUAAUUUUUUCUAUCUCGUUUUUGCAUCAAUGUACUGUCAAAAACACAAUUAUAAUUGCGAUGUGUGGCUGAUAAUGCGACCGCCAUGAGAGUUUUCCGAUUUUUUUUUCUUCUUCUUUCAACCGUCUGUUGAUCAUCUGCUGGACGUGACGCUGCAGCUUAGGGGAUGAAAGUCCUAGGUCGGGAUUCUCAUCCAUUCUUCUGUAUAUUAAGUUCGUUUUUAAAAGUAUAAAGUCAAAACAAAUUCGUAGCGUCCAAAUCAAAACCAACAUGAAUGUCAAAACUUGCUCGGGUAAAGUAGUUCGCAGUGACUACGGAUGUACUGACGCAUCGUUCAUUUUAUUUCAUAGGCUAAUGUAUUUCCAAGUGAUAUAUUUAUAAUGUAAAGUCAUUAAGAAAAAUAAUUCCAAACUUUGAACAUGGAGAUAGACAGACAGAGAAAUCUACAAAUUUGUAUAAAUGAUUACGAAUUAUGUAUCGAUUUGAUCAUAAAAUAGAUCUAUUAAUGAUACAACCCGUUUUUGUGAAUUACACGUACACGCAUACAACACAUAUAACGAUCUUUGUUAAUUUCCUUUUUGUAUAAAUAAUUCUAGAGUGUGCAAAUAUCAAAGUGAAUGAAGCCAUUUGCCAUUCAAGUUUGUCAAUGGGCAAACCAUUUAAUAUCCAUCAGUCGAUUUUCGUCGAUUCGUCUCAACAAAAUUACAUUCUAUAGAUUAGGAGAUCUAUUUCGUCGUAGCAUAUUAUUAUUUAAACAAAAGUUUCAUUCAAAAUAUCUGAGAGUUUCACCGUGAACAAGCUUUUCCCAUCAGAGUCUGGAUAUA